AUGCAUCCACCCAAGUGUUCAACAUUCGUUCUGAGGGAAUCGCGGCAUGGAGGAUGCAUUGAUGCAGAGAUUGAAUGUCUUGUGAAGUAUUUUGUAGUCAAAAGUUGCAACCGUGAGAAUUUAGAAUUAUCGGUACAACAAGGAGUGUGGGCAACUCAACGGAACAAUGAAGCUAAACUAAAUGAGGCUUUUGAUUCUGUGGAAAAUGUUAUUUUGAUAUUUUCGGUCAACCGGACCCAGCAUUUUCAGGGUUGUGCAAAGAUGACAUCUAGAAUUGGCGGCUCUGUCAGUGGGGGGAACUGGAAGUAUGCACAUGGAAGUGCACUUUAUGGGCGGAAUUUCUCAGUUAAAUGGUUGAAGGGACUAUAUUUCAAUUUCCCUGAUUUCCACAGUGCGUCUGUUGUAGUCAUAAUGUGA